AGAUGCACUGCGCGCAGGUCAUGAUAGCUACUAGCUGCUAAGUUAACGGUGGAGCAGACAGGCAGGCGCAAGCAAUGUUGAUUUGACUACUGUUGUUCAAAACCUUUGAAAAUGAGUUCUUCAGACGAAAAAUGUAAAGGCACAAAACGACCCGCAUCUCCAGAUGAAACCGGAUCCACACAAUGGACAUCAGCAGAUUUAGGGACAGACGAAAGGAAGCAGAAGUUUUUGAGGCUGAUGGGAGCAGGAAAGAAAGAGCACACUGGACGCCUUGUUAUUGGGGAUCACAAGUCAACGUCCCAUUUCCGCAGUGGGUCAGAGGAUCAGAAGAUUAAUGCAGAGCUGGAACACCAGUAUCAACAGGGUCUGGAUGGGAAGAUAUCAGGGAGGAACAGGAGACACGUCGGCCUGGGCUUUAGUGAGCCCGAUCCACCCGCUGUGAGUCUAAGCGCUGCUGUGCCAGAGAAGUCAGACAGUUCAGAAAAGGCCAGUGAACAACCAUCAGAACCACAGAAGGAAGAGAAAACACCUUCAUCCAAGGCAGAGCUCAAGAAACAGGAAGAGCACACAGACUCAGAGGACAAGAAAAAGACUUUUAAAAUGGCAUUUGUAAAAGCCACAUAAAUGGCUUUUUUUGUCGUUUUUUUUUUUUUUGCAAUUUCUUUAUCUCCUAAAAUGUUCCAGUAAUUCAUUGAGAGUGAGAGCACAUUUUUAUUUCCUUUAAAAAAGAUGAAAUUGUGGUUUUCAAUUUUAAAUGUAAUCACGUCAGUGCCAUGUUAUUUGGACUUGAACUUGUUGAGAACUGUUUCUUCUGUACAAAUUAAAGAAAUAGUUCCUACAAGAAAUGAAAUCCUGUCGGUCUACUCAGCCCUUAAGAUUUCAUAUAAACAUGAGGAUGGGCAGAAACUGAGGCUAUCAAGAAACGUUUGCAGACAAAAUGUCAAUUUUGUGUAUCAAGUCAAUGUGUGAAUAUCAAUAAACAGUAAAAAUUG